GGCUGCGGUGGGCGGCGGCGCGGCCCGAGCCCCCCGGGAGGAGUGGAGCGAAGGGGCACAGGAUGGGAGCGGAGCGGCGGGGUCCGGGGCGCGCCUAGGGCGCAGGGAAUCGGUGUCCAGCACCCCUCAGACGCCUUGGCCGCGCUGACCGGCCACUCUUUGGCUGCGGGUGUCUGUGGAUUAAUCCGGGCGGAGGGGCCGCCCUGGCUUCUCCCAGGCUCCACUAGCCUGCGGACCCACAACAAACCCACGUGCGCGCGGCCGCGGGGAACCCCGCUUUCUCCACUGCACCGUCAGCAUGGGAGGGGGAUGCCUUGCAGAGUCCAGAUUCCUUCACAUCUCGCCUGCCGGAUUUACAGACGGAGAAACUGAGGCCCGCGGCGGGGAUGGGGGCACAGGUACCAUAACAAAUGCACGUGCGCCCUGUGCUGGGAGCGUGGCACGCCGCUAGCCCUUAGGAGCCGCCCUGCGCAACCCGGCCAUUGUCUCAGCUGCCGGGGAGGGAGCGGCGCUGGGGGCGUCACUUGCUGGAGGAAGACGACAGACCCGUUUAAAAGGCAGAGUAGAGUGAACUGUGUAGAGAUCUGCAAAGAGCAGCUUAGAGAGAAGCAGUGAAGUCCUGGACCGCAGCUGAAAUGAACUGGUCCACUUGAACCUGCCCAAGCCCUGGGGCAAGGCCUCUGUCCCAGCGCUGAGCCUGGGUCUGGAACAGCUGGGGCAGCAGGAAUGAAGGCCCCUUUGUCUUCAGGGCUCUGAUGUGGCAGGAUUUCCCCCUCCCUCCCAUUAACCUGGCAGCCGGGCUGGUCCUCAGAUGCUUUUUGAUCAUCCUGAGAAAAAUGAGCCUUGGCCUCCAGACCCAAUAAAGCAAACAUUCCUCCCAUGGGGAAUAGUGCUGGCUCCUGAGGACCUGGAGGGCCUGCAGCCCCAGGGGGAUUAGCCAGAAGCAGGCCUGUUUUCCUGCUCGGGACAGCGUGGCUUCCUUGAACAUGUCUUUCGUUAUGAUUCACACUAACUUGAAGAAAAAAUUCAGCUGCUGUGUGCUGGUCUUUCUCCUGUUUGCAAUCAUCUGUGUAUGGAAGGAAAAGAAGAAAGGGAGUUACUAUGAGUCCCUUAAACUGCAAACCAAGGAAUUCCAGGUGUUGAGGUCUGGUUCCCAGUCUGUGUCUUCAAGCGGCACCCACAACCCCCAGAGGGGCAGCCAGGCCCUCAGUGGUCCCAAGGCCAAGCCGGAGGCUACCUUCCAGGUGUGGAACAAGGACAGCUCCACCAAAAACCUUAUCCCCAGGCUGCAAAAGAUCUGGAAGAAUUAUCUGAGCAUGAACAAGUACAAAGUGUCCUACAAGGGGCCAGGGCCUGGUGUUAAGUUCAGUGCGGAGGCCCUGCUUUGCCACCUUCGGGACCACGUGAACGUUUCAAUGGUAGAGGCCACAGAUUUUCCCUUCAACACCUCUGAAUGGGAGGGUUACCUGCCUAAGGAGAACAUUAGGACCAAGGCUGGGCCGUGGGGCAGGUGUGCUGUCGUCUCAUCAGCGGGAUCUCUGAAGUCCUCCCAACUGGGUCAAGAAAUAGAUGAUCACGAUGCAGUCCUGAGGUUUAAUGGGGCACCCACAGCCAACUUCCAACAAGAUGUGGGCACGAGAACCACCAUUCGCCUGAUGAACUCUCAGGCCUCCACUUCCCUGUUUCUCCCAGCAAUCUCUUCACUGCCUGACCUUCAGGAACUCACCACCUGGGCAGAAGCUGCUUCCUGCAUGGCCUGCUUUCCAUCUGAGGCCCACAGUCCUAGGAACCUUUUCGUGAUGGGACUUAACUCCUUUGCAAGAGGCCACCAUCUUGUUUUCGAUUCUUCUAAUCCUUCUGUUAUUAUUUGGUUGGUCACCACAGAAGGGCGCUUCCUCAAAGACAGUUUGUACAAUGAAGGAAUCCUAAUUGUAUGGGACCCGUCUGUUUACCAUUCAGAUAUCCCAAAGUGGUACAAGAAUCCCGACUACAGUUUCUUCGAUAGCUUCAAGAGUUAUCGUAAGCUUCAUCCUGAUCAGCCCUUUUACAUCCUCAAGCCCCAGAUGCCUUGGGAGCUGUGGGACGUCAUUCAAGAAAUCUCCCCCGAGCAGAUUCAGCCAAACCCUCCCUCUUCUGGGAUGCUCGGCAUCAUCAUCAUGAUGACGCUGUGUGACCAGGUGGACAUUUACGAGUUUCUUCCAUCCAAGCGCAAGACCGACGUGUGCUACUACUAUCAGAAGUUCUUCGACAGCGCCUGCACGAUGGGCGCCUACCACCCGCUCCUCUUCGAGAAGAACAUGGUGAAGCACCUCAACCGGGGCACGGACGACGACAUUUACCUGCUUGGAAAAGCCACGCUGCCUGGCUUCCGAAGCAUUCGCUGCGGAGCGUAAGCUGCCCGGCCAGGCCCCCCACCCUUCUCCAUCGGGCAUUUUACAGCUGGUCUCCUGGCCGCCCUGGGCCCAGGAAGGCUGUUCCUGAGUGAUCACCGCCUGCAGUCCAGGUAGCAAGAACCUUCAGGAAUCCAAGGGCAGGGACCCAGGCCCAGCCUGCCCUUUUGUCGUGGGGCUGUGUGAAUCGAGAGCUUCCCACCACACUCACGUACACACGCCUAGGAUUCCUUCCAGUCAGAGUCUUCUCUGCCCCUCCCCCGCACAGGUAAAUGCGAGAUCCACCUUUCCCAGCAGGGCUGCCAAAGCUGGGCUGCUUUCCCCACUGGAAUGGUGUUAUUCUUGCAAACCAGUGCUCUGUCACGCUUGAAAUCUACACCUAGACACUGAUUUCAUGUUUUAAACAAACUCUCCCAUAUUAUGAUUGUGCCCAUUACAAGGUGCCUCUGAGGGGCAAGUAAGUGUCACAAGGCAUAGGAAACACAGUCAGUUCCUCCAGAACUACUAAGCUGCUCCUAAGGUCCACGCCCUGGGAGAGGCAGUGUUCCUAUCACUCCGCUGGUCUGGCGGCCCUUGGCCUUGGUGCUGGUGAGCAAAGGGUCUUGAUGCACCCACAGCCCUCUCCAUGUGUGAGGAGAUGAGAGUACAGAAAAGAAGGUACAGUCUCCAUCCUCAAGUUGCUUACAGCUCAGUGCGAGUGACUGAAUGGAUUCGGCGUGCUCAGUGCCCUGGGGGCUUGCAGGGUGGUGGGCUUGCUGUGCUGCCAUCUUUGCACCAGCAGGGGCCACACACUUCCUGUGUCAGUGGGUCAUAGAGGGCUUCAUGGAGCUGGGGGCUGUGGAGUGGAUUUUAGAAGAGGAAGAACAUGUCAAGCAGAUUCUGUCCGAGUCAUCUGAGAUGUGUUUUCCUUUCUGCCUUUAUUACCCAUAUUUAUCCGCUAAGAUCUGCCUGAAUUUACAUGAGCUUCAAGUUAGUUUUUGAGGAAGCCCCUCCCUCAUGUCUGAGGCAGCAAGUGCAGCCCCGUGACAGAUGCCAGGCAAGCCAGAUGCCAAAAGCCCUAUCUCCCCAGGCUCGCCUGCUCUGAGCCUAGCCUACCCGCUGGGCGUGCACACCAUAUCCAGGUCUUCCUGUUGGAUGCCUACCCCCACACCUCCUCCUGCAAUCUUGUUUUUCCCUUUACUCUUCCUCCUCCAAAAUUACUUUUAAGCAUUUUCCACUUUAAGAUACCCGCACCCAUUUUUUUUUUUUUUUUUUUUUUUGGACAUACACGGGCCUUUUGUGAAAGGUCUCUCAGGGACUGGGAAUGGGGUUUCCUAGGACUUAAAAGUAGCUCUCAGAGGUCAGAACCCUGGAGAUCAUGACUGAUUCUCACCAGGUGUAUCAGAUUGCUGUACCCUCCACCCCUCCCUGCAAGGGAGCAACACCAGAGUCUCCAGGCAGAGGCCUACCCACUGUGGUCUGUCUACUCACUCCCUGGACCAUUGUGCUAAGUCCCCUCCCCCGAUGGGGAGCCACACUGGACUGGACCAGGCUUCUGGACUCCCAAAGCUAGCCCUGUGUGCUCAAGGGCCUCGAAUGUUUGAGCUCCAGACCAGCUGUUUUGGAGCUGGAAUCCUCGUUCGCUGCCAAACCACUGGCUUGAGGAGGCAGUAGAAAGAGCUCUGGAGUGAGAAGCCCUGGGUUUUCAAAGUGAUGUUCCCCUAUUACUCGAUAUGCCACCAUGGGCAAAUUCUCCUCUCUGAGCCUCUGUUUCCACAUCUGUAAAAUGGGUGAUAAGCCUGCUUCACAGGUGCUGUGACGGUUACCUGGCAUAUUGUAGGUGCUCAGUACAUGCUGCAUUCCUCCCUUCCUUUACUAAGGACCUUCUCUGUGCUCACAUCUGGGCAUGACCCUGCUUUGAAGGCCAGAGAGGGGGCCUUGUCCUGAGGGAAGUUAAUGUCCUAUUGGGAGACUACACCUACCCUGCUUAGAACACCCUGGAAACCAUCCGAGGGAGUGGAGGGUGCAGAACGUGCCCCUCCUCCUCCCUGCCUGCAGCUUAGGCCUGAUCUGCUCGGGGAUGGGCAGAGCACUGGGGCCACUGGCUGCUGUGCAACAUGAGUCUUUUCCAUGUCUCUGGGCCCAUGAAUUCCUCACAAUCUCUGAAUCAUGAGCACUGAGUGCAGAGGAAGGUGGCAUUCCAUCAUCAGGAGAGAGAUGUUGGUGUGGACACUAAGACUACACUGGGUAGAUGCUAGCUUUUAGUUGUUGUUAUUAAGGGAUCAAGUUAAUUUCACUCUGUGCUUUCUCUACAUGGAAACUGGUAGAAUGCAAAUAAGAUGUGGAUAUUAUCAUUAGUCUGAUAAGAUGUUUAAUAUUUGUGACAGGUAAUUUAAAAAUUAUGACCGAGUCCUGUAGGAAAGCCACUGUCUCUAAGGUGUUCUGUUUUCUUCAGUAGCCAUCUGUUCAUUCUAUACCAUGAGGUCCUGGAAUCCUUCCAUCAAUCAGAUAAGCUAUUGAUAUUGGUUUGGAGUUGAGACGUCAGUCUCAGAAACUUCUGAAUCAUGACUAAGCUAAUUCUGAAUUAC